CCCAUGCAAUUUAGUGGUACGAGCAAGUUACCAGCUUGACCCAUUUCGCGAGCGCGACCCUUAAGGUGAUCACGCUGACCCAACACAGUCAGCGCUUUGUCCUUAGUUGGGGUGCAACUCUAAAGCAUCUGUCACGUUCACAACUUGAAUUUCCCAUCCCAUAGCUCCACAGACGGACAGCGACGCUCUAGCAAAUUUGUACAACCAUGUCUAUGCUCGCAAAUCACUCACAACUUAGCCAACUGUGUAAGAGGGCGCCAACAUCAAAACGAGUGGUAGCGAAAAGGCGCGUGACGGUUGCCGCUCAAGCAUCCGCGACUUCGCAGUAUACCCGGGUUCGCCUGAAGACGCGUCAGGAUUGCGAGCUGGCUGUCAGCUUUUACCCUCGGUUCAGUUACAACGGGAUCGGUGGAGGUGGCUGGGGCACGGUUACGGACCUUGGGGCCGGCAAGCUGCACCUCAACUUCGAUACCAGUGUGCUAGUCAUCCCCGACAUGUCGUACCGUACGGCAAUGCUGGCGGGGCUGCUGCCCAUCCCCCCGCCGCUUAAUAUUGCCAUCCGACCCGUGUCUCUAGAGGGCGUGCUGGACCAGGCUACGGGCGAGGUCAACCUCAACUUCGAGUGCGCCUUCUAUUUCACUGCGGGGCCCGUGUACCAGCCGCCAGGGCUCAAGAUCCGCACGGUUCUGACCACCGAAUCCACCCGCGGGACACACCUGUCGGCCAGCGGGCGGCGCCUGAGCUCGGGCGGCGCGGGAGUGCUGGUGGGCACUGCCACCGUGGAUCGAACCGGCGACCUCUUCAUGGACAACUUCCUGCAGCUGCCCAACGACGCGCUGGCUGUCAUGAGCUGCGAGUUUGAAUUUGAGUAGCGGCAUGGAUGGGGCUUGUGCAGGUCUUGCAAGCCAGAGGGUGUGGGGGGCAGGUGGGGUGGAAGGAGGCGAAGAGCGGCGAGGGAGGUGAAGGGCUGGAGGAAGGGCGUGUGAGAAAGGGAGUGCAGAUGUGGUGGUGGUGAUGGUUGGAGGAGAGGAGGGGUUGAGCGUUAGGAGGUGGGUGACGUCUUGCCGGGGGACCCCUCGCUGGCCGUGUGUCAGGCUGGGGGUGGGGUUUGCGCCCGGUUAGGUUAAGGAAAGGUAAGGGGAUAGCAGGGUAAGAUGGCAGAUGGAGAGCCGUGUUGGAGUGAGUCAUUCGAGGGAUGCGUUGCUCAUCGGAUGGGUAUUGGUGAAGGGCGGCAGCCAUUAAAGCACACAUACAUUGUACGUUCAAGUGGGAUGCAAAGCACACAUGACAGGCAGGGCAAAGGUAGUGAGAGGCUCGUGCGUGCGGUGUGAGUGGAUGACGUGAUCCAGCGAUAGAACAGCAAUGGAAGACAUCGGAUGCUGGUAGUGGUGGUAAUAUGAGUUGUAUGAGAUUGGCGGCAGCCUGCAUGAUCUACGGAAUGUGCCCUGUGGUGCGAUUACAUGGCUCGCAACUGUCAAUCUAUCUCUUGUCGAAGUAUGCUGCAGCGUCAGCAACGCUCGUAUGAUAUUCGAGUGAUACAAACGCGCAUGUGAUUGUAUGGCUGUUUACGAAGAACAACAUCGCAGAAGAAUGGCUAGACGGGGACAACAACAACGCGGACCCAAGAUGGGACAGAGCUGGUCGCUACUGCACUGUGGCUUAUGCGGUGUAUUAGGUGCUCCCCCAUCUUUCUUCAUCCUGUGUACAUGUAAAUGUGUGCUG